CUCGCCCGUAUGAUACGGCACGGUACGCUCCGCGCACGUAUAUACGUCGCAGCUCGCCGGGAGACGCGCCCUCGUUCGACCUUGAGCGACUAUAACCGGUGCGUAACGUUCGAUGUACGGAGCAUCGUCACUGGCUGAUUCGCGCGACAACCAGCCGCCGCCACCGCCGCCGCCGACGACCGCGAGCCACCGCCGCAGCUCCGCGCCGCAGCAGGCCCGUGCUCGUUUUACUCUGUUUACUUCCUCCACCGCGGCGCCCAGUCCGCGACGCGCGGGACAGCCUCGGCGACGAAAUGGCGAAGAAGACGUACGAUCUGCUGUUCAAGCUGCUGCUCAUCGGCGACUCCGGCGUCGGCAAGACCUGCAUACUGUUCCGUUUCUCGGACGAUGCCUUCUCCACCACGUUCAUUUCCACGAUAGGUAUCGAUUUUAAAAUCAAGACAGUGGAAUUGAGAGGAAAGAAAAUCAAACUACAGAUAUGGGACACAGCUGGGCAGGAGAGAUUUCAUACUAUUACCACGUCAUAUUACAGAGGGGCUAUGGGGAUUAUGCUUGUUUAUGAUAUUACUAACGAAAAAACAUUUGAGAACAUCGUCAAAUGGUUGAGGAAUAUCGACGAACAUGCAAAUGAAGACGUGGAGAAAAUGAUAUUAGGAAAUAAGAGCGAUAUGGAAGAGAGACGCGUCGUCAGUACGGAAAAGGGAGAAGCGAUAGCGAGAGAACACGGCAUUAGAUUUAUGGAGACGUCCGCGAAGGCGAAUAUUAAUAUCGAUCGUGCAUUUAGCGAACUAGCGGAAGCAAUACUGGACAAAACUCACGGCAAGGAACCGCAAGACGCGCCCGACAGAGUGACGGUCGAUCGAAGGGUAGAGAGGAGUUCGAAUCGGUGCUGCUAAUUUUAUAUAUUAUUUAUUUUAACGGCGCAUAACGAACUAUGUAUCAGCUCGUGCCACUUGGGGAUAGGUCCCUCGAUAUAGAUUUAGAGCGUAAUUUAAAGCAUAACAUAAACACUUCACGACACUGCCUGAUCAGAUGUAAUCCAAUCUCACUUUUGAUCUGACGAAAGUACAUGUUUUCUAUGCCGCAACAUUGUGACGAGAGUAUCGCUAACAAAAAGCUGUUGGCCGAUCUAAUAUUUUUUAAAAAAGAUUACGUUCGCCUUUAAUUACAUCCACAUAAACGUCAAUAGGUUUCAACAUACGCGCGCAGGUUUAUGCAUAUGUAAUUGUAACGACUGUACGUGUGGUAUAUAAGAACUCGAUUAGUUUGUACGGAUGGUAAGGAAAAUACACACUUUCACCGGUGAAUCUUCAUGCUUCGUGUAAAAGAUUGGCAUCGUGCAUUACUUCACGUUAAAUAUUGCACGAGCGAAAAAGUAACCAGGACAUAUUGUUCGUUACGAGGCUGCAAUUUGUUACCAAGUUGAGUGGUGUGAGUAUGAGUGCUGUCGGCUUUUGAUCUUGAUAAUCUUUUUGGACAUUGGACGCUUUCCUACGUAAGUAAACGCACCACACAUGCUUAUUUGUAUAAGCUAGGGAGAACUCUUGAAACCAAAAGCUUCUACAGUUUUGUGUACGGCCGAUUUACUAUAAAUACAAAUAUUCGCAAUUUCGAAUCUGUCGUUUUUAUUUCUACGUUUACACACACACGUACACGCAGACGCAUGCGCGCGCACACAUACGUAUAUAUAGUACUCGUAACGUAGAAUGAGUCUGCAUCUUUGUAGCUGAAAAACUGCAGACAAAAGUAAUUAUAUGUAAACAUGUUUUAGGCAAGCAUUAAAGGUAGUAUUACGUGCUA